UGCUUUUAUAACCUACUGAAGAAGCGAGUUGUUAUUAGUUGUUGUUGAUUAUUCCGUGCGCGGGAAUGAACUGAACUUCGGAAAUGAUUAAAACAGAAAGAAUCUUACAUUUAAAGAGCUCCCGGGGAAGAAAAGUUCGUGUUGUCCGAGAGCACUAUCUGAGGGAACAGGUCCCGUGUGGAAGCGCGCUGUGUCAGGCACAAUGUCCGAAAGGUGGCAAGCUGUUGUCCAGAGAUGUGACUCAUUAUGUGGUGCCGGAUGCUGGAGUGGUGAGAGACUUCCUGGAGGUUCUGGAGUUCAGGGAGUUUCGUGGGGUCGUGUUUACACAGACAGCAUGCCAGGCUUUACAAAGCACACGUGGGCGCAGGCACUAUAACAGGCUGCGUGGUCUUCUUAAGGACCCUCGGUAUGACUGUGUUCUGUUUGCCAACGAGUUUCAGCAGUUUUCGUACUGUGCCCGGGAAAAAGGAGAAGCACAAGAGAAAUGGCAAACACGAUGUGUGUAUCAUGCAGCAGUCUGGUAUUAUAACCAUUUGGCUGGUCUGAUGUCAGUUGUUAUGAUCACAGAAGACCAGGAUGCCAUUAAAGAAUUUGGCAGCCAGAACAGUGGUGUUUAUGUCAUCUCAACUCAGGAAUAUCUGCAAAGUUUCUGGCCAGACCUGCAUGCAGCUCAAGAGCUCUAUGCCUCCAUUGCUCAGAGUCUACAAGAAAGAGAGAGUGAAGGCACAGAGAAGGAGUACACUGAGCAUUUACCUGCAGAGGUUCUGGAGGCAGGGAUUAAAUCUGGCAGAUACAUUCAGGGCAUACUGAAUGUGAACAAGCACCGAUCACAGCAUGAGGCCUUUGUCCGUUUGCAGGGCUCUGAAAGCAAGAAUUCAGAGCUUAACAGUGAUGUUCUGAUCAGUGGAAUGAAGCAUCGUAAUCGGGCAAUACACAGCGAUGUGGUUGCUGUGGAAUUGUUGCCACGUGGUGAGUGGAAGGGUUGGAGUACUGCUUUAACAGAGGGACGAGGAGAGGAGAAAGGGGAGGACAGUCAGAGUCAGCCUAUGCCAACAGGCAGAGUUGUAGGUAUCAUACAGAGAAACUGGAGGGACUAUGUUGUAACGUUUCCUCCUCGAGAGGAGCUCCAAUCUCAGUCCCGAAAUUCCAAGAAGAUUCUGGUCAUUCCCUGGGACUGGCGGAUCCCAAAGAUACGGAUCAGCACCCAGCAGGCUGAAGCACUACAGGACCAUAGGGUGAUUGUGAGAGUGGACUCAUGGGAGAGCACUUCACUCUACCCCAACGGUCACAGCGUGAGAGUCCUGGGCAAGGCCGGUGAGUUGGAGACUGAAAUUCAGACCAUACUUGUGGAGAACUGUAUCCAUGUGCCUCCAUUCUCUGAAGCCCAGUUGCGAGAGAUGCCUGUAAACUCGAAGGAGCAACCAUGGCAGAUGGACCAGACUGAGAUGGACUCUCGGAAGGACCUGCGUGACACGCACCUGGUCUUCAGUAUUGACCCACUGGGCUGUGAGGACGUGGAUGACACGUUGUCAGUGCGAACCCUGCCUGGAGGAAAACGCCUGGAACUGGGGGUCCACAUUGCAGAUGUUACACACUUCGUGAAAGAGGGUUCGCUCACUGAUUUGGAGGCUCGCUGCAGAGCCACAACAUAUUACUUGGCUGACCGAAGGUAUGACAUGCUGCCGGCGGUGUUGAGUGCUGACCUGUGCUCACUGCUUGGGGGAGUGGACAGAUAUGCCAUGAGUGUUAUGUGGGAACUGGAUGCUAAGUCUCUGGCAGUGUGUAGCGUGUGGUACGGCCGAACGCUCAUCAGAUCCUCUUACCAGCUGCAUUAUGAGCAGGCCCAGAGCCUGUUGUAUGGAGAAGAUGUGGAGGUGCCUGAGCUGGCCCAUCUUGAGAGCUCUGUACAGGACAAGAAACUGGCUGAGCUCCUGCAGGCCCUGGAGCAGCUGACUCGUGUAGCCAGGCAUCUGCGUUCACAGAGGGAUAAAGGUGGUGCUUUGGAGCUGGAGGGUGUUGAAGUCAGGGCACAGCUAGAUAAGGACAAAAACAUUGCUGCUCUGGUGCCCAAGCAACCUCUGGAGGUGCAUGAGACUGUGGCAGAGUGCAUGAUCUAUGCCAAUCACUGGGUGGCACUUAAGAUCCAGGAAUGUUUCCCGCACCAGGCGCUGCUGAGGCGUCAUCCACCACCCAGACAGGAGUUCUUCAACCAGCUGAUUGACAGUGCUAAAUGUCAUGGCUUUGUCAUUGAUACGAGGUCGAACAAGGCUCUGGCUGAUUCUUUGGACCAGGCAGUGGAUCCAAAGGACCCUCUGAUAAAUCGGCUGCUGAGGAUGAUGGCCACCCAGGCCAUGUCUAAUGCUGUGUACUUCUCUACUGGAGCCUGCCCUGAGGAUCAGUACUAUCACUACGGUCUUGCUCUGGAUCGGUACACCCAUUUUACCUCUCCAAUCAGGCGGUAUGCUGACAUCAUAGUGCAUCGUCUUCUCAUGGCUGCUGUCCAAUCAGAGAGAGAGGAGUGCAAGAACUUGGCUAGCAACAAGGAACUGGAGGAACUGGCUCAUCAUAUCAACAAUAAAAACAGAGCAGCUCAGCAUGUUCAGAAGCAGUCCACAGAGCUUUUCCAAUGCCUCUACUUCCGUGAUAAGGACCCUCUCACUGAUGAGCGCUGCGUGGCUGACGCCAUUAUCUACUCCAUCAGGGCCAAUGGCGUGUUGGUCUUUUUACCACGGUAUGGUUUGAGAGGUGCGGUGUACCUGAAGAAUCGGGAGAAUCAGGUGGUGAGUGUGGGGGAGGAUGGUGUGUGUGUGUGGCAGGUGGGGACACUGCAGAGGUAUUCAGACCGGAUCAGCUCCUGCACCAGCACAGGGACAAACACCUUUUAUCUAUUCAACCAUGUCACAGUGCGUAUCUCUGUGGAAACUUCCCGUUGCCAUUCUGACAACUUGCAUCUGGAACUCCUUAGUAACAAGCCACAUCAGACCGCCGCGGCCGAGUCCCGGCCGAGCGGCCGAGCCCAGUCUGAGCUGAUUGAGGAGGUGGUGCGUAGGGAAGAGGCGUCUCUUCAGGCAGAAGUGGAGAAGACGAGGAAGCCAAGACUGAGCAAAGAGGAAAGGGAGUUCAGACAGAGUAAAUGGCCGAAUCUCUACUCUAUCCUGCAGGAGAUCAGUGAGCUUGCCCUGUUUGAUACAGCUCUCUCUCAAAUACAAAACACUGAAGUACCAACAUGCUGAAUCUCACUUAGGUUUACUGAGAAAAUUAAUUUUAUUGCUUAUAUAUUAUGAAACAUUAUUUUUAAUUAUUCUAGUUUAGAUUAUGCGGUAGCACUGGAGCAUUUUGGCCAAAGAUUUAGAUUGGCCCUUAAUUGUUUAAAUCUAUUUUACUGAUUUUAGUGUUGCACUGAUUAACAAACUAACACUAUGGUUUGGCUGUGGUGCUUUGUUCAGUAUAUAUUUUAGUAUAUAUUUUGUACACAAAUGUAUAACUUGUAUAUUUAGUUAUUUUGAAAUGUCUAAUUGCUGUGUUUUUAUUAAAAUAUUUUUGUAAGCAUUUUUAAAGUGA